UAAUUUUAGAGUUAUGAAGGAAAACAUAAUUUUACGAUUCUGGUGGAAAUAUAGUUUUACGAUUUUGGCAGGAAAACAUGAUUUUACGUAUUUAGCGAAAGAACAUAAUUUUACGACUUAGGUGGAAAAAAUAUUUUAAUAAUUUUGGAAGAAAACAAUUUUGAAAUUGGAGAGAAAAAACCUAUAUAUUACUAACUAAAAUUUAAUUAUAAAUGGUUAUGGGUAUAUAUGGGUUAUCCAUUUGAAUAUAAGAAACUUAGAACGGUUUAAAUCGAUUUAAAGUGUUUUUUUUAAUGAUUGUUGCAAAACGCUAAUAUCUGCUAACAACCACAAAAAUUAUCUUUACAAAAGUGAUGUUUAAGGGUGGUAGCUGAUAAACUAUUCAUGCCUUGAGCGUGUAGAAACUGAGAUUACUAGACAAACCGUUGAAUUUCGUACAUAUUAAAGCGUUUAUGUAUUUUUUUCUUUGCAACUUGACUUUUCUAUUUAUUUAUUUUUUGGAAAAUAUGAACGUUCGUAAAAGAGACACAAAAUGAAUAUUUAAAGAUUUGGACGAAAGUUUUUGUGUGUAUUUGAAGUCCAAAUUGAUGUUGAUAUUAUUAACCCAAAAUUUUUUAAACUAAAUGAUAAUUUUUUUUCUCCAUUUCAUUUAGUUAUUGACUUAUUACAAAUAAUAUAUAGGGUAUACUUCUUAAGCCAAUAUAAUUAAAAUUACUUAAAAUAAAAUAUAAACCAGUGCAAAUUAUGAAAUUAUUUGGCUAGGUUACAAUUUGAACUGGUCGGCCCACUGACAUAUAUAUGGAGGGGGUAGAUUGGAUAAAUAGACGAAGACAAGGAGAGUUACAAGUAACCACAGAACAGAGCAAACCCUAGCUAAGAUCGACGAAAGCAUGUCUUUUCCGCAGCCUUUCGACAUGGUUAUGGACGAAGGCAUGACUGAUCCGCUGUUUACCGAGAUGAUGUCUGAUCCGCAGUUUACCUACAAACCCGUGCCUACGCCGGUCCUAAUAUACGAAAACGCUAAGACAUCAGUCUUUUGGGACAUGGCUGGUUACCCUAUUCCUAAUGGUGUCGACCCUGUAUUGUUUUGUGGCGUUAUGAAAAACGCUCUUGUCAACCAGGGUUAUAAAGGGGAGCUGUCGAUCUAUCUUUACGUUGAUACUGGUGAACUGCUACCUAAUGGUCUCGAGACCUGUGUCGAAUUCGAUUUCUUACCCGAAGGUGAUGACUAUGCGAGAAUAUCUUCGAUGCUAGUGGACAUAUCAUUUUGGGCACUGUCAUAUCCUUACUCAAAUAUUAUUGUCCUCUCCAAAAACAUCGUUAGAGGCACGAUUGUAGCUUUCGAAAGCUUGUAUAAUACACAUGGUCUUCUCUUAUCCAAAACUGAACCGGAUUGGCUGGUUCCUGGUGAAAGGUCAACCUUGUUUCUGACAAGCCUUUUUGAAGACCCGACCGGAGGCCAGUUGUCGACAAGCUCUCAAAAACAAAGGAAAAUCCAGGGUGGAGGAGGAACAAGCUCACAAGGAGCGAAAAGGGUAGGCUAGACAUAAGAUGUCAACCAAGGUAGAGAGCAAAGAGGUUGAAGCCAGACCAGUCUCAUAUAUAGCUGCAAUAUAUGACUGGUACGUACCGUUAACCCGUCUGUAACAGAGGAGGCCAUUGCAGCUGCUGCAGUAUUGCAACUUGUGCUUGAGUGUUCUAGAUCCAAAACUACCAUAUCUUUCUUAUAAUUCUGGAUUUGACAUUAUUUCUGAGUAGAUUGUAAUCUCAGAACACGGUUAUAAAUCUGUGUUUUUUUUUUAAUGAUUUUCUGGUGUAAUAUAAUGUGUCUAAUGCACACAUGGUUAACGAUCAUUGAGUUUGCUGUUUCCAUGAUACAUCUUAGCUCAGAUGGCUGAAGAACUU